AUGCAUCACGGAACCUUGUCUUCGAUGAAGCAUCAUCGUGGUGGUCACCACAACAGGCGAAUCAGAGCUGUAAUUACACUGUUUACGGCCUUGGCAAAGCGGUAUACACCAAACAAAGAACUCCUAAAGAUCUUCAACAAGAAGGAUCUAGAGAAGAAGCUAGGCCACAACCGCAGCUCCGAAGAUCCACCAGGCAGCGAAAACUUUUUUUAUGCCAAUGCCGCAUUGGCCGAAGAGAAGAAAGUGGUAGAGCCGUCGACAUAUAAAGAAGCGUCGCAGAGUGUGGAGUAG